AUGGACGCUCUUAUUCCUAUACUUAAUAAACUUCAAGAUGUAUUUAAUACUGUCGGUUCAGAAAAUAUUCAAUUACCACAAAUUGUUGUUGUUGGUUCACAAAGUGCUGGUAAAAGUUCUGUUAUAGAAAAUAUUGUUGGACGAGAUUUUCUUCCACGUGGUACGGGAAUUGUUACACGACGUCCAUUAACUCUUCAACUGAUUUAUACACCUGUCGAAGAUAAAGAAAUUCAAUGUCAAAAUUUAGGAUGUCCGGUACCGAAUGAAGAUGAAUUUGCUGUAUUUACACAUAUUAAAGAUAAAGUUUAUACAAAUUUUAAUGAAAUUCGAUGUGAAAUUGAAGCUGAAACUGAUCGACUUGGUGGAAAAAAGAAUAUUUCAAAAGAACCAAUAACAUUGAAAAUUUAUUCACCAAAUGUUGUUACAUUAACAUUAAUUGAUUUACCCGGUCUAACUAAAGUACCUGUUGAAGAUCAACCAGUUGAUAUUGAACAACAAGUACGAAAUCUUUAUUUGUAUUAUAUUUCGAAUCCAAACGCAAUCAUUCUCGCUAUUACACCAGCGAAUAUCGAUUUUUCAACAUCAGAAGCAGUUAAAUUUGCAAAAGAAGUCGAUCCAGAAGGAAGAAGAACAUUAGCUGUUUUAACAAAACUCGAUUUAAUGGAUCGUGGAACUGAUGCAUAUGAUGUUUUAUGUGGACGAGUUAUUCCAGUUAAAUUAGGCAUUAUUGGUGUUGUUAAUCGAAGCCAAGAAGAUAUACAUAAGAAAAAACCAAUUGAGGAAGCACUUCGAUAUGAAUCUGCUUUUCUUCAAAAAACUUAUCCAUCAAUUGCUAAUCGUAAUGGAACACCAUUUCUUGCUAAAACAUUGAACAGAUUACUUAUGUAUCAUAUUCGUGAUUGUUUACCGUCAUUAAAAACUCGUAUUAAUCAAAUGGUAUCGCAUUUUCAAACACUUGUUAAUUCAUUCGGUGAACCAAUUGAAGAUAAAGGUCGACUUCUUCUUCAAAUUAUAACAAAAUUUGCUUCAAAUUAUUGUGCAACUAUUGAAGGCACAGCAAAAAAUAUUGAAGUUUCAGAAUUAUGUGGUGGCGCUAGAAUUUGUUACAUAUUUCAUGAAACAUUUGCACGUGCACUUGAAUCAAUUCAUCCACUAGAUAAUUUAACUACAUUUGAUAUUCUUACAGCAAUACGAAAUGCUAAUGGUUCACGACCUGCUUUAUUUGUUCCAGAAAUAUCAUUUGAAUUACUUGUUAAACGUCAAAUAAAACGCUUAGAAGAUCCAAGUUUACGUUGUGUAGAAUUAGUACAUGAAGAAUUACAAAGAAUUAUUCAACAUUGCGGCGCUCAACAAGAAUUUAUACGUUUUCCACGUUUACAUGAAAAAAUUGUUGAUGUUGUAACACAAUUAUUACGUCGGCGAUUACCGGAAACAAAUCGUAUGGUAGAAAAUCUCGUUGGAAUUGAAUUAGCAUAUAUUAAUACAAAACAUCCAGAUUUUCAUGAAGCUGGACUUAUUCAUAAAGCUUUGACCAGUGGAGAUUAUUUAAUGAAUACACCAAAACACGAUAAUCGAAUGAAUGAUGAAUCGACAUUAGGACGAUCAAGUUCCAUGAAUCAAGUAUUAACUCAACAUAAUGGACUGUUAGUUAAUGGUAUACAAUCCUCAAUACAUACAUCGAAUAGUACUGUUACUUCUCCAAUCAUGGCACCACUUGGUGACGGAACAACUAUCAAUACUCGAAAACUUUCACAACGUGAACAACGUGAUUGUGAAGUGAUUGAAAGAUUAAUUCGUUCGUAUUUUUUAAUUGUACGAAAAAAUAUUCAAGAUAGUGUACCAAAAGCUGUUAUGCAUUUUCUGGUUAAUUUUAUUAAAGAUCAACUUCAAAGUGAACUUGUUGCAUUAUUAUAUAAGGGAACUGUUAAUCAAGAUGAUGAUUUAUUAAAUGAAUCAAGUCAUAUUGCACAGCGACGUAAAGAUGCACAAGAAAUGCUUGAAGCAUUACAUAAAGCAAAUCAAAUUAUUUCUGAAGUUCGAGAAACUCAUCUUUGGUGA